AUGGCACCCCGGAAAGGCCCCAGCAAUCGUAUGAAAAAGCAGGGCAUCCCGCCCCCGCUGGACGAAUCGCUCGUGACGCGGAAACGUAAAGAUGCGCCAGCUGCGCCUGUGGAGGAGAGGGGGAAGAAGAGGAGGACGGAGAGCAAGGCAGUGAAACCUGUUGCCGCUGCACAGAAUAACAGUGUCAAGAAGAAUAAGGAGAAGGGAAAGCCCGCGAAUGCGAAGAAGAAGCCUGCACCACCUCCGCCUGCUUCGGACGAGGAGAUUUCGAGCGAUGAGGAUGGGGUCGAUGAUCCCGAUGUCAUGGAUGAUAAUCUUGGAGAUGUGAAUGUUACGGGGUUGGAUGCGCUGGGCAGCGCAUCGGAAAGCGAAGAGUUGGACGAUGAUGAAUUUGGAGAUUCCGGGUCGGAUGUUGUGGAUUCGGACACUGAGAACACGGGACGGAAAGCGGCGAUGUGGUCCGACGAUGAGGAUGAAGAAGAUAUUGAAGAGAAGCUCACAGCGGCAAAUAUUGAGGGUUUGUCACGGAAGCUGGAUAUGCAGAAGGCGAUUGAAGAGGCGGAGGCACAGGCGGAAUUGGAAGAAGCUGCAAUGCAAACUAAUAUUGCGGGAGAUAAGCCGAAGAUAUUGGAUGAUGAAGAGGAGGGAGGCAGGCGCAUAACGAAUCUCGACACGACGCAGGACUUGCAACUCUUGCGCACGAGACUGAACGACACCAUACGGGUGCUGGAGGAUUUCAAGAACUUAGCUGAGGAGGGUCGGUCAAGAGUAGAGUAUAGAGCACAGAUGUUGAAGGAUGUCUGCUCGUACUAUGGCUACUCGGAGUUCCUGGCUGACAAGCUCCUGAAUCUGUUCCCUCCCCGCGAAGCAUUCGCCUUCUUUGAGGCUAAUGAGACACCCCGACCCAUUGUCAUCCGCACGAAUACUCUCCGCACACAUCGUAGAGAAUUGGCACAAACCCUGAUAAACCGUGGCGUACAACUGGAACCCAUCGGCAAGUGGUCUAAGGUCGGUCUGCAAAUUUUCGAGUCGCAGGUCCCUCUCGGUGCUACACCUGAAUACCUCGCUGGUCACUAUAUCCUCCAAGCCGCAUCCUCCUUCCUCCCCGUCAUGGCUCUGGCACCGCAGGAAAAUGAACGCAUUCUCGACAUGGCCGCUGCCCCUGGUGGUAAAACUACCCAUAUUGCCGCGUUGAUGAAGAACACUGGCUGCAUCUUCGCAAACGAUAGCAACAAGGAUCGUGCCAAAGGUCUGAUUGGCAACAUCCACCGUCUGGGCUGCAAAAACACCAUUGUAUGUAACUACUCCGCCCUCGAGUUCCCCAAGGUUAUGGGCGGCUUUGACAGAGUUCUGCUUGAUGCUCCGUGCUCAGGCACUGGUGUCAUUGCAAAGGAUGCCAGCAUCAAGACGAAUAAGACCGAGGCCGAUUUCAUAAAACUACCGCAUCUCCAGAAGCAGUUGAUCCUGUCGGCGAUUGACUCUGUCGACCAUGCAAGCAAGACGGGAGGCUACAUCGUGUACAGUACCUGCUCGGUUACUGUGGAGGAGAACGAGCAGGUGGUCCAGUAUGCGCUGAAUAAGCGGCCGAAUGUGAAGCUUGUUGAGACGGGUUUGACGUUUGGUAAGGAGGGCUUCACAAGGUACAUGGGAAAGAUAUUCCAUCCGUCAUUGAAACUGACGAGGAGAUAUUACCCUCAUGCCUAUAACGUGGACGGCUUCUUUAUUGCCAAAUUUAAGAAGAUCGGGCCCACGCCUCCCAACGCUGUGGGUGUAGCCAAUGCCACUCGUCAUGGAAAGGCGGCUACAAACGGCGCAGUUGAAGAGGAGAUCGUCGACAAGACUCCUAUCGUUGAAGAUGGAGAGAAGGACGACGACGAUUUUGGCGGUUGGGACGACGAAGAGGAUCAGAAGCUCAUUGAGCGUGCUCAGAGAAGCGAGCUCAGGAGAAAGGGGAAGAAUCCCAAAGCGGUGCUUGGUGCGAAGGCGGCGAAGGCCGCAAAGCCAGAAAAGAAGGCAGAUGAGAAGAGUGAGGAGAAGGACCGCGUUAGCGAGAAGAACGAUAAGCAAGAUGGCAAGGUCGACUCCGCGGCUAAGACUGAGGCUAAGGCCAACGGUGUCAGUGCGAAGUCGAAAGAGGCCGAAUCCAAGUCGAGGAGAAAAAGCGGAGGGAAGAAGGAGAAGUAG